AUGGGUUACAAUAUGCAAGCAGUGAAUACAUUACUUUGGUAUUGUAAAUUUCGCUAUUAUUUUUUCUAUAUUUUUGUUGCUAUUCCACGUUAUUAUAUAAUUUUGGCAUCAAUUGACCGAUUUUUUGCUAGUUGUUCUGAUAUUUACUGGCGUCGAUGGAGUUCAUCAAAAGUUGCUAUGAGAUUAAUCAUUAGUAAUUUUUUAUUUUGGUGUUUAAUUUACAUUCAAGUUCUUGUGUUCUAUGAAAUUCAAAAUAAUAAUUGUUCAUUUAGAAAUGGUGUUUAUGCUAUUUUCUUUAGUGUUUAUCUAUCGAUUGAAAGUGGAAUUUUGCCACCAUUAAUAAUGUUCAUUUUUGAAUUUCUUACACUGAAAAAUAUUCGAAGCAGUAAACGAAGAACAAGACCAUUAACAAUAGUUAAUGUUUCUCAAACGGAACAAUUUACUAGAUUGUCAAGAAGAGAUUUACACUUUUCAAAAAUGUUACUUAAUCAAAUAUGUCUUUGGAUUAUUUUAAACAUUCCCAAUCCUUGUUACCUUCUUUAUCAAACAAUAACAAUAUAUGAUACCAAAUCACUUCUACGUUUGACAAUUGAAUCAUUUAUUAACAAUAUGAGUUAUUUUUUAAUUUAUAUUGAAUUCUCAUUAACAUUCUUUGUCUAUAUUUUGUCAUCAUCAUUAUUCAGACGUAAAUUGAAUCAAUUAAUUCGAAAGAAAUUAUUACGUCGUUUUUUAUCAAAUAUAACUCUCACAAAUAACAUAUAA